GGGGGGGGGUGAGGCGACGAGGAGAGGGCUGGCCUACCGUCCUGCCAGCUAGUCCAUGGUUGAAGGCUGGGCGGGUGCAAGAGGAGUGAUAGGUCACGUUGCGUGCCCAGAGGCUCUCUCUGAUGCAAGGGCUUGUAAUCCUUGCCCGCAAUCUUGGCGAAGUCGCGUUGUGGGAGCUGUCGACUGUUUUUCUCCUCCGUGUUCUCUUGCUCUCUUUCUCUCUCUCUUCUUCUUCUUCCACCUGUCUGAUCCCGUGGUUGUUGUAUGCGUAGAGGCCGCAGUACCCGCACAAUAUCCUACUAGCACCGCACAGCACUGCACCGCACCGCAGCACCCUGUCGCAGCACGCACGCCCCAUCCAGGUUGCGUAUCACUGCGGCAGCCCGGGCUCAUACUAGUCAGCGCUCGCCUGCCCGCUAACAGCGCACUCAACGCUGCCAUUCAACGACGCGGCAGGGCCUACGCCGACUAGACCUUGCGGCUGACAUCGUC